AAGCUAUUUUCAGAGUCAACCAAAAUUGUAUCAUUUUGAUGAUAUCCUCAGUUCCUCUAUAUUAUGUGAUAUUAAAAUACUAUAUAGAUCUGCAAUGUACACAGGGGAUUUGAUUAUAUAUUGUGUAGGAUUCAAUAGCAUAUGUAAUAAAGGAUGGCCGUGAACUGUAUAUGAAAUGGCAUCAUAUCAUCAGUAUAAUGGAGAAAUUCACCCGACAUCUCAUAAUCCUGGUUUGCUGAAGUCAACGAGAAUGGGGGAGGGGUUAGAUGGCAACAAUCAAUUUCUCGCCAGAAUGGAAGAGAAAAUUGCCCUCCUCCCUGACUUGUAUGCAAGAGUCAAUGAAAUGCAGGGAGUCCUCAACCAACUUCUGUAUAGUGUCCAGAGGAUGUCCGAAAGUCUGUCCAUCAAUCCGCCCGUAGCUCAUGUUACCCCAAUAGUCCAGCAGCCAGUUAGAUUAACAAAGAGACAGGAGGAGCCAGAGCCAGAAGAUAUCAGCCAAUCCCGGAGAUUCGUUGAGAACCAGGGUCAAAGGUCAAACCAAGGUCAGAGAAAUGAGAGCCAAUGGAAACCUGAAGUCAGGAUUGAAACAACUGAGGAGGUAAGAAUUGAAGAGCCUUCUUCUUCAGAAGAACUUUCCCAGUAUGCUCCUGUGAUAAGUGCUGUUACACCUGACAGUGAAACACAGGAAGAGUUAAACUUUUCAAGAGUUACCGAGGCAUCACAGUCUGAUGAUGAAGAAGACCUCCCAGACAGUCAGCAUAGGAAUGAGGAAAAAAGGGAACAAAGUAGUCAGUCAGAGAAUCUAACCACUGCAGAAAGACCUCCAGAGGUGACUAGUCAUGUCCUACCAGUACCUCGCCCAGUAAGUCCAAAAGGUUUCCCAACAGAGCCCGAGGUGCAGCCAGCGAAUGAGGUCCCAGAGCAGACGGCGGCAGAAGAUCAGAAGGUGGAGGAAGUGAUACAAACUGAGGCUGUAGACACUCAGGAUAGAUUCAGCAAGCUGAAGUGCAAACGAACAGCAAGAUCAAAUGACAAUAGAAUCAAAUUUCUGUACAGUGAUGGGAGAGAUGGAACAGAAGGAGAGGAAAGGGGUGGGUCCUCCAGACAAGAGAGAAAUCUGCAGGAGAGUGCAGAGAUGAGGGUUGAGGUGGAGAAUUGUUCUGAAGAUACGGAUGAUGAACCCUCAGCAAAUGUUACGUCUGCACCAUUGUCCUCUGCUUCUGGAUUUCAAGCCUCAACACAACAAGGAUUUGGAAAACAAAACUUUCAAAAUUCAAAUUUUCAGAGCCUUUCCACUGACUCUCUAAAAUCCUCGCUCAAACCAACGUCCUCUCUAGCAUCAUCAUUAAAAGAACCAGAUGACAGACCAGAUGGGGGACCAGACUUGAAAAUUCUCACUGAAAGUGAACUGGAAGAGCUCACAUUGAAAGAAGCAAACAGAGCUGCGGACUGCACAGAUCACAAGUCCCAAGGAGCAGACACCAUUCUUUGUAUAGACACUUCCGGAAGCAUGGCUGGAGAAAAAUUCCAGCAAAUCACAGAAUUCAUCGAGAAUUUCUUAGAGGGUAUAGAAGAUGUUGCUGUUGAAAACUCUCUAGAAGAAAAUAUAGCUGUGGUUACAUUUGGGAAUGAAACCAGAGUUGUCCAGAAUUUGACCAAUGACUAUUCCAAAAUCAGGGAUGCAGUAGAAUUGUUGGAAACUGGUGGUCCUAGUCCUAUAAUGACUGGUCUUGUACUCUGUAUGAGCGCCAUCUACAAUCGAGGUUUAAGAGGGGUGGUAACAUUCCGGGAGCGUAAGAUCCACCCCCGCAUUAUUCUGUUGACUGAUGGUGGAGUGACCGACCAGAGAAUAUUUAAUGGACCAGACACCAUAGUCAAGCAAGGAGGGACUAAAAAAGAGGUGUGGCACAAAUUGAUGGAGUUUGCGGAGAGAUUCCGUACACACAGUGAUCCCAGACACCUUGCUUGUGUUCCCAUUGGAGAGGACGCUGAUAUGACUUUAUUGGGGCAACUUGUAAACACAGCAGGGGGAACCAUUGUACAACCUGCAGAUGUCAAGAAACUCAGUCACCAUUUCCUCAUCAACACUGUAGUAGCCAAGGUUAUCCAUGAUGGAGCCCUGAGAGGACCUGAAUUGUCAGACGAGGAAUUGAAGCAGAAGAUCAAGGAGGCAGAGGGAGGGGCGGGUUUUGAGGAGGCAGAGGUGGACGAGGCUUUAAGGAUGAUAAGGGAGAGUGAGCAAAAGGCACAGGGAGGUGCCACGGGGGGAUUUGAUAGCAGCUCCAUAGAGACAAAGGAGAUGCCCCCGAUUGGUUCGCGAGUGAGACGAGGCCCAGACUGGAGAUGGGAGAACCAGGAUGAUAAUCUGCCUGGGACUGUCGUAGCCCACAAAGCACGAGGCUACUUGACAGUAGAAUGGGACAACGGAAAUCGUGGAAAAUACAGGUACGGGGCGGAUAGUGGAGCUAAGGACGUUAGGAUGGUGGAUGAGCCACGUAUGUUACCACCAGGAAUGAUGGUGGCUGUAGGAGUCAGGGCAAGGAGAGGUAAAGACUGGGAGUGGGGAUCCCAGGACGGGGGAGAGGGAAGCUCGGGGGUCAUCUUUAAAGUGGAGGAUAGCGGUAUUGUCCAUGUGAGAUGGGACAAUGGUAAAAGAGGAAAUUAUAGAUUUGGAUUGUUUGGAAAAUAUGACGUUGAAGUCUGUCCACAGUGCAUAGUUACAGAAGGAGCUACAGGAAUUUCAGGGGACUUAAAUCUCCAGGAAUCAACUGAGAAGAAGGGCCAAUGGCAGUGGCGGGAUAAAGAUGGCCGCUGGAGGGACCACUACGGGGACACCUCAGACAAAAUAGAACACAUCUACCAGACCAGACAGGGCAAGGGGACAGUAGUUGUGGAGUGUGAGAAUGAAAAAUACCGAGUCAUUCCAGAUAAGAAGUGUCAAAGAAAUGUGUCAACAGGAGCAGAGUACCAAAUAAGGCGAAUAGAAGUGACAAUGACGUGAACUAAAACUGGAA